AUCUGCUGACAGGUGAGAGUGAUCAGGUCUAAUGAAGCACAGCUGUGAUCAUUAAGUCUUCUCUCCUCUCACUCCUGCUCAGUCCUCUCAGUCCUGCUCACCUUCACAGACGAACCUGAAGAACUUCAUUGGCUUCAUCAUUUUUGCUCAAGAGGAAUAAUCUGACAAAACCAGAGAAGAGGUCAAAAUGAAGGCCCCGGUCCGAGCAGCAUGCAGGAUUCAUCCUAAAACAAAGAAGAGGACACAAGCUCACUCUGCUGGGAUCUACAGAGCUCACAAAGAGGUCAGUCUGGGAGGAAUGAGGAGUCCAGACUUCCUGCUCAGUCCACUCAGAUUCCCCAAACCGGUCCUGCUCCGGCUGGUGAGCUCAGAAGCUUCCAGACUGUCAAAAAGCAACCGAGUGAGAGUGAUCACUGUGCAGGAGAUCCACGCUGCAGUCAGACAUGUUAGACAGAAGAUUCACAGCAGAGCUGCUGCAUGAUGAGACCACACUGUUUUAUUUCCUUUAUCAUUAUUAAAGAGUAUUUUAAACCGGCUGCAAGUUUUCUUGAUGAUACAAAGUGAAAGAGCAUCCAGUUAUUCUAAUGAGGUUUUAAAGGUGCAGUGUGUGAGGUGUAUUAGAAUAUGCAUCCUGCAUCGCUGACUGUGUUUUUAGUGAGAGGCUUCACAAGACGCAGAGCUCUGAAGACAAAGAAGAGCGUUUUUGUGUUCCUGAUGAGUAACUUGAUCCUCCUUCACUGAAGCAAGUCCACCGAAGGGAGGGGUGAGCAGGGGAGUGUACCCAGAACCAGAACACAAUUUCUGCACCCUGCACCUUUUUUAAAGCAGAGCCCUAAAACGUGGAUAAAUGUGAAGUCAGGUUGUGUUUGGAAUCUCUGAAAGCAUUAGGAUCACUAAGGUCUCCGUGUGUGUUCACCAUCACUGUGAUCUGGAAGUCUAAUUGAAGCUAUUUGAAGUUGAAUGUUGUUGACCCUUUUUAUCUAGAUCAAUAGAAAAUUCUCUUAUUCCAAAUGUUUGCAGUCAGACGGCUAAAACCUGUUAGCUCUCGCAGGCUCCUGCAGAUUCACACAUUUAUUAGGCUCUGCUGUAUUUAAUAAGAGUUAAGUAAACUUCUACCACAAUCAUUGUCAAUUCAAUCUUCAGGGAUGAAUAAAGAGACAGAACCUCAGAGCAGCGUCUGAAGGUCAUUUUAAUCCUCUGAAGCAGCAACAACUUAAAGCUCCUGUGAGAUGCCCUCGGUGACCCCGACGGAGGAAGUCCACGUCCCUGCGGAUUCAGAUUUAUCCUCCUGAAAACUGGCUCCAGCUGGAAGGCAGAAACCCUCCAAUUGUAGAGAGAAGUCAGCUGGGCCUAAACAAACUCCAGGGGCUUCGUGUACAAAGGGUGUGUACACACAAAAAUGUCUUUUUCACGGCAAAGUUCAGAUGUAUCAAGAGGGAAAUGUGCGGUGCCUCGUGCCAACUUCAUGGCUGGCGUAUGCACGUUUCUACAGCUGUUGAUUCUUGCACACAGAUUCACACAUCUGGAUAUUUUUGAGCGUACGACAUUAUCUGGAUUUGGGCAUACGCCAUAUUUCAGUCGGGAAUCCACAGAAGUCUUUGUACAUGAGGCCCCAGGUCUGUGGAAGGAUUCAGGGCUGUCAUGAUGGUCCUGUUUGUUGACACAGAUCAUGUGAAGGUUGAUUACGGUAAGAUUCAGAACUGUCAAAAACACUUAGUGGAGCUUUAAGCCUGUUUGAUUAACAGGGAGCUAAACUGUGAACUGCAGCUUUGCUAAAAACAUGUUGGAGGUGUUUUAGGGAGGAUCGUCAGUCCGUCCCCUCUGUGGUUUCUCUCCACCUGUUCAGUUAGAGCCUCCGCCCCCUCCAUGAGUCCCUGCGCGCUCCUCUCCAACUGCGUCCUCCUCCCUGCGUCCCUGCGCGCUCCUCUCCUCCUACAGCAUCCUCCUCUCUGCCUCCGCUUUUCCUCUACACCUUUAUGUUGUCUCAUCAGUACUUUGUUGGAAAUGUGCUCUAGCUUUCAUCUGAAGCUUCGUGUCCAGUUUUUCUAACCUGUGCACGUCAUGGAGUCUGUGUCCCACUCAUGAUUUCCGGAUCGCGCGGGUCCAAGCAGCAGUGACCCCCUGCUGCAGCUUGGGACUGACCCAUGUGUGACAGAUCUCAUAUCUGGUGAUCAUGGGAUGUGGCACCUCUGUUGCAACAGAAACCCAAGAGAAGAGAGUGGAGAAAGAUGACACGGUUAAAACCCCGAACCCGGCUCUGACUAUGAAGGCGGCUGUGUUGAUCCAGCGAUGGUACCGGCGCUACAUGGCCCGUCUGGAGAUGAGGCGUCGCUACACCUGGAACAUCUUUCAGUCUAUUGAAUAUGCGGGGGAGCAGGACCAGCUACAGCUCUCCAGCUUCUUCAGCUUCAUGCUGGAUAACUUCACUCAGCUGAACGGAAACGGUCCAGACCUGAUCUCUCAGCUCCUGGACCCGGUGGUCGACCCCUGGUUGGACAGAGAGACCUGCUUCAACACGAUCCCUGUUCCUGAGUCGUACACCGGACCACGGCUGUCGUUUCCUCUCUCCGUCUCUGACACGAAUGCCCUCCUCAAUGGUUUUAAGGAGCAGCAGGCUCUUCAUGCCAGGUAUGUUCUGCAGCUGCUGUACGAGACUAAAAAGCUCCUCAAACAGAUGCCGAAUAUCAUCCACCUGUCGACGUCCUACACCGAGAUCACCAUCUGUGGUGAUCUGCACGGGAGGCUCGAUGAUUUGCUCCUCAUCUUUUAUAAGAACGGCCUUCCCUCUGCGGAGACGCCGUAUGUGUUUAACGGGGACUUUGUCGACCGAGGGAAAAAGUCGAUCGAAGUGGUCAUGCUCCUGUUCGCCUACCUUCUGCUGUACCCUGACUACAUGCAUCUGAACCGAGGGAACCACGAGGACCACAUCAUGAACCUCAGAUAUGGAUUCACCAAAGAGGUCAUGCAGAAGUACAAGACUCAUGGCCGGGAGAUCCUUCAGCUGUUCCAGGAUGUGUUCAGCCUCCUUCCUGUGGCCACAGUCAUCGAUGGGAAGAUCCUGAUCGUCCAUGGAGGCAUCUCAGACCAAACUGACCUGGACCUCCUCAGCUCCAUAGACAGGCACAAGGUGAAAUCUGCUCUGAGAUUUCCCAGACGCAGUUUGGGGCAGCUGGACAUCGGUCACUGCAGCAGACAGAUGAAAAGAAUGAGGUCUACCGACAGCUCCCGUCCGAGCAGCGGCUGCAGCCACAGCAAGAUGCAGAGAACUCAAAACCAGAGAAAGAAGCGAUGCGAGGUCAACCGACAAGACAGUGCUGUCUCCACUUCUUCCUCUUCUUCAUCGUCCUCAUCGUCCUCCUCACUCUGCUCUCCUCGGACUCCCUCCUGCCUCACGCCUCGGCAUUACCCGUCCUCUCCCAGCUCGCCUUACACCAUCAGUGUCCUCCAAGUGCCUUUUCUGGACUCUCUGUCCUCUGUUGAGCCUCCCUCCCCUUCACAGCAUGAGCGUGAAUGGAAACAGAUAGUGGAUAUCUUGUGGAGCGACCCUAAAACACAAGAAGGCUGCAGUCCCAACACAUUCAGAGGAGGAGGCUGCUACUUUGGUCCGGACAUCACGCAGAGACUUCUGCUGCAACACGGGCUGCAGCUGCUCAUCAGAUCCCACGAGUGCAAACAGGAGGGUUACGAGCUCUGCCAUGGAGGACAGGUGAUCACCAUAUUCUCAGCGUCAAACUACUACGAGGAAGGAAGCAACAGAGGCGCCUACAUCAAAGUGGGCAGAGAGCUGAUUCCUCGCUUCUAUCAGUACCAAGUCAGCCGCACCACGCGCAAACUCACCCUGACUCAGAGAGUGAGAGUUGCAGAAGGCUCUGCUCUCAGAGCUCUGAAGGAGAAGUUGUUCAGCCAUCGCUCCGAGCUGAUGUCGGGCUUCCAGCAGUACGAUCAGAACAACAAAGGUAGUGUCUCGGUCAGUGAAUGGGCUCUGGUGUUGGAGGCUGCUCUGAGACUGGACCUUCCCUGGAGGACUCUGCGUCAGCACUUAGCUCGUCUGACACCAGAUGGCAGCGUGGACUAUCAGUCCUGCUUCGAGGACAUGGCGCCGGGGAUUCCUCUGCCGCAGGUCACUCCGAACCUGGCUGAGACUCUGUUCAGAUACAGGACGGACAUCGAGAUCAUAUUCAACAUCAUAGACAAAGACCACUCAGGUCUGAUCUCCAUUGAGGAGUUCCGUCACACCUGGCGUCUCUUCACUGCACACCUUGGCGUGGACAUAGACGACAGGGCGAUCGAUGACUUGGCCCGGAGUAUCGACUUCAACAAGGACGGCAGUAUCGACUUCACAGAGUUCCUGGAGGCGUUUCGAGUCGUUCACAAACUGGACAACAAGGAUCAGCAUGUGAACCCAUUUUUUACACCUGACAGAAGACAGCAGUGAUUGAGAGCUGCACGAGGGAUCGAGGUUCAGCCUCAGCGGUCACUUCACUCUGCAGCUGGAUGUUAAAUAUCUCAACUGUUGGACUGUUUCAUAAAACUUGAAA